CUAUAUUUCAGGUCUGUGCCUUCGGCUUGACCUUUCGGAGAUAACUACCCCUACCCUAGUGUACACACAUACUUACUACUUACGUACUUUAUCCUUUGUGUGAGUGAGAUCUGCUCAGAAGGCGUGCCUCGCGUCCCGCGCAUGCGCGGGACGCGGCGGCGGCAGGCGUGUGUGGCGCGUGUGGCGCGAGCGCGCUCUUGUUAGUACGCUAUUACCAACGCUAGCGUGCGCACAGACUACUAUUUUACGCGAACGAGUAACGUUGUUGUAACGUUUGUGAAGUGUUAAGUGACUUGCCAGUGGAUUACUAGCCGAUGUAACGAAAUGAUGGCGCAGGGAGCAGGUUACACAACGCUAGGGGAGUUGCUGGAUGAGUGCGGAGAAACCGAACAAGAUGAGGCGAUUCUGGAGCGUGUGAAACACUUGGCGCAGGAGUGUCUACCCAAGGGCUGGACACAAUGGGAGGUCGUCAAUGCCUCAAAGGAAGAAAUUUUCGGUGAGAAACCGGAACCUAACGUUUUAAAUAAGCUGGUGUUUGCCCUCCCCACAGUCGGCUUAGUGAGAGCCUUUGACCCGGAAGCAGAUCACCUGUCGGAAAAGGGCUAUCGGGAAAUAAGGUACAAGUUGCUUGAUUGGGCCUUUACACGCUCCCUCAUUUUGGGGCCACCUUCGAUCGCAAACCGAAUUAGGGGAUCGGCGGCUCGCACCGAGCUCUUCAAACAGUCAGUGGAGGAAUUACGGCCUUUGCUGCAUACCCGGUACGAGGCGAAUAAGAUUCUUUCGGGCAGCCUCUCUGAGUCGGAAAAAUCGACUCGUAAAAGGAGAAGUUGCUCGUCUGCGUAUGAGGUUACGCAUUCGCAGAAACGGAGACGAGCAUCACCAGUGCCCUCAACAUCACAGGACAGGAUUGAGAACUUGGAGAAGAAGAUGGAUAACAUGUUUUCCCUCCUAUUAGAAAAGAUUGACAAGCAACAGCAGCCAGCCAGUCUGGCUCAGACUAUGGAUCAAGACUCGGAUAAGGAAAACUACUAUUCUGACUUGGAGGAAAAUUCAGGGUCUGAGUCGGAUGACUGCUCAUGGUAUGCUCCUAAUAUGGAUGUGUUUCCGAAUGGUCCAGAAAUGUCUACGGCCACUGAGAUAGAAUUCCGGCCCAGUAUAAAAGAGAUGGACCCUCCGAUACCUGAGCCUUCUGAAUCGAUUAGGAAAGAGGGCAUCAAUUGUCAAAGACUUGGCUCGGAAGGCUGGAACCGGAUCCGAUACAAGGAGGUCGAAAAACGUUUACAGGCUGCUCCUGUUUUUAGUGCCUUAAAAGUGAACGUAGAGCUCGGAACUGUAAAAAGUCAACCAUCUCUUUUCCUUGUUAAACAGGAAGGUAUGCUCGGCACUAUUAGCCAUGGGUUGCUCCUGCAGAGGAAGGCACUGGCUGAUGGUCUAAAUAAUAUUGUGAAGAAAUGUCCAGAUGCGGGUGAGGAACUGCGUAAGCUUUUAGCUGAUGAUUCCCAGUUUAAGAUCUUGUCGGAUGAUCUGCUGCAGUUUGUUUGCGCUCAUCGCGCAGAAACCAUAGAAGCAAGACGAAGAGCUUAUAAAUCGAAGAAUGACCUGCUAGCUGCGGCUUUACAUAGCAUUCCACCAUCUCCAACUCAUCUUUUUGAUGAGAAGCAAUUGGGAACAUUUCUGAGGGAUAACGGGGGACUGACACAGGUGUUCCCAAGUAUCAACAACAGGUUUUCGGAGCGAAAAGGAAAUAAGGAGUCCUUUCGUAAACCAACAGUUCCGUCGCACCCAGCAAGAGGAAGACAGCAGUCCUGGCGCGCCCCCCCUUCAACAUCAUCACAUAAUGCAUCAGCUCAGCCAGCAACCCGCCGUAGAUCUGGAGGGCCAAAGUUUUCUAACAAGCAACGAAGCCGACCCGGAAGGGAUCAGAAGAUCCCAAAACGCAGGUAUUGA